UAUACUAUCGACAGAAUAAUUGAAGAAAGAAAUCAUGCAAGCAAUAAAAGUGUUGGAUGGUGGAUUUUCUACACAAUUAGCGACGCAUGUGGGUGAUGUAAUAGAUGGUGAUCCCUUAUGGACAGCGCGAUUUCUUGCUACAAACCCAAAGGCUAUUAUUUCGACACAUUUGGAUUUUUUAAAUGCUGGCGCUGACAUUAUUCUUACAAAUACUUAUCAGGCAUCUACUGAUGGCUUUUUUAAACACAUGAGUCUGACGGAAGAGGAGAGCCUUAAUCUUUUUUGUAAAGCUGUUGAUUAUGCCAAAGAAGCUGUACAUUUAUACAAAAAAGAUAGAACAGGUGAAGAAAAUGUUGUAAAUGACAAUCCAUUGAUCGCUGGAUCUAUUGGACCAUAUGGUGCCUGCUUGCACGAUGCUUCGGAGUAUACUGGUAAAUACUGCUCAUCCGUGUCUGAAAAAAUUCUUAUAGACUGGCACAGGCCUCGCAUUAGUAAAUUGAUUGAUAGCGGCAUUGACAUAUUAGCAAUAGAAACAAUACCCUGUAAACAAGAAGCAGAAGCACUGGUUACUUUGCUUAAAGAAUUUCCAAAUAUUAAGGCUUGGUUGUCCUUUUCUUGUCGUGACGAUGGACGAAGUAUAGCUGACGGGUCUGACUUCCAAGAUGUAGCUAUACAGUGUUAUAAAAAAGCUUCGCCCGGGCAAAUUUUAGCAGUUGGAGUUAACUGCAUUGCACCACAAAAUGUGAGUCCUUUAUUCAAAGGUAUUAAUGGAAAUUGUAAAAAAGAAUUUGUGCCAUUGGUAGUAUACCCAAACAGUGGUGAAAAAUAUACAGUGGAAUCAGGUUGGAUGAAAAAGGAAAAAGGAUUUACCUUACAUCAAUUUAUAGAUGAAUGGCUGAAUUUGGGUGUUCGAUAUAUAGGCGGAUGUUGUAGAACGAAUGUUGAAGACAUAAAGAAAAUACGAACAGAGGUGGAACUAUGGCAAACCAAAGAAAGCUAAUUUAAA